AUGGCGUGGAAGGAGAUUCGGCCGGGUCACUGGGAGCGCCCCUUGGGAGAAAGUGAAGGCAUGAUUAAGAUGAUCGGAGACGGAGGCAAGAAGAUUGGGAAAGAUAUCUGGUGUAUUUCGAUCACAGCACGCUUUACUGCCCAUUUGGACAACGCCGAAGGAGACGGAUCGCUGACUACAGCGCUUCGCCGGGGAUGGAAACUCCUGCGUUUCCAUCAUCCGUCGAUUGCCACCACGGUGCGCGAGGACACUGCUCGAUAUGACGUACCGGACUGUCUGGCUUUGGAGAGAUGGGUAUCGGAAACGUUCAUUGUGGUCCACGGCGAGGUCCAUCCUGACGAUCUUAUUGCCCAGCUACCUCCACGCCCGCUGGCGACUGUCCACUACCUUGAGCAUGAUUCCAGCCUUGUGCUGCAACUUUCCCACUGGCGCACCGACGGCAUUGGUGCGUUGCAUUUAUUGAACGCCUACUUUGAGGCUGUUGUCGACGCAUUGCAGCAGGAAAGGCCGGAUACGCUGCCCUGGGGCGAAGAAGUCUCCCGCCUCGUGCCGAGCGUGGAGGAGGCGCUGGGAUUGCCGUCGACGCCGACUCCCGAGGCGGAAUGCGCUGCGCAGAAGUAUCUUGAUACUCUUGCUCAUUACCGGGAUGCCCUAAGUACCCCAUACAGGUCAGGCGGGAAUAUUGCUCCUGGGGCAACCCGCAGCGUCCACCGUGCCUGCUCAGUUGCCGAGACCACGCAGCUGGAGGCUGAAUGUCGGCGCCAGGGACUCGUACUGGCAGCAGCUGUCCAUGCGGCCGUCACGACAACCGCCUACGACAUCGCAGACCCUGCCUUGCGGCGCUCUCACCAUAGCACCACCAUGCGGCAGAGCCUUCGUCCCAACUUGCCGGCGCCGUAUAACGGUCCGGGAGGAGCGGCCAGCCUGUAUACCGCUGGCUACGUGGUGAAAGUGCCCCCCUCGCAGUCGUGGUCGCAGUACGCCAAGCAAUAUGACGCCGAGUAUCGCCGAGGCGCCACGGCGGAGCUGCUCUCCUCCCGUCGACACUACUCCCGGGUCAUGAAGGCGCUGUUGCAAAAGGGACCAUCACCGAACCCUCCGCCCAGUGGUUUGGAUAUCUCUUACAUCCCCGAUGCUGCAGCUCUCGUCGCAUCGGUCCAUACGAACCCGCUAGGAAAGAUGGAAAUCAGUAGCAUUGGGAUCAGAGUGGAGGUCGUUUCCCGUCAUAUGUACGUUUUUGGAUGGGUGUUCAACGGGCGACUCGAGCUACAUUUGGUUUACAAUGAGUCAUUCUACCACCGAGACAUGGCGGAAAACACGGUAGCUCAUGUCCAGAAGAAUCUGUUCUCCAAUCUACGCUCGCACAGUUCAUGA